AUGGACACCGCGCUACCGCGCCGCACCCUGAGCACCACUGCAACGUUCAAGGAGAAUUUUGAUGCGGCACAGGACCUCAUCAGUCGCACGUGGACUGAGGCGGACCUCGCGCUUGACAGCCUCGCGGAGUUCUUGGACAGAGACAAGGAGGUGGAGGUCCUCGCAAAGGUGCUGGAAGAGGGCAAGGAGUUUUCCGAUGAAACCCCUGGAGACGGCAAAGAGGAGAUCACGGCCGCCUCGCCCUCAGCCGGUCCCGCCUCGGCGCCACUCGCCCGCGCCGCCAGCUCUGGCGCGGUGCAUCGCAUCGGGGAGCGCAUGCUGCGGGGCGACGUCCACAUGCUGGACAAGGUCUCCUUCACGCUGGGAGUGGCCAACAUUGCGCUGGUGGCCUUCUGGCUCGGGGCGUCACCCAGCACGUACCAGUACUGCUGGCUCAUCAAGUGCUUGACCCUAUUCACCAUGCGCUGGUUCUCCUACCGCUCCCGCGGCCUGCACUACAUGAUGCUGGAGUUCUGCUACGCCGGCAACAUCCUGGCAGCCCUCCAGAUCUUCUGGGUGCCCUCCUCCCCCCUGCUCCGGCGGCUGGCCUUUGCACACAUGGCGGGGCCCCUCAUGUGGUCCAUCGUUGCGAUGCGCAACUCCCUGGUCUUCCACGAUGUCGACAAGGUGCGGACGAUGAGAUGGCGCCCUCGACCGGAGUGGACUGCAGGGCUGUCCCCCGAUCAGCUGGCUGAUUUUGGGAGCAGCAGCUGGACGCAGAUGGCGCUGCUGCCCAUGGUCUUCUACCUGGCGUGGGCCUUGGCAUACUAUGUGCUGAUAUUCGUCCUGCUGGAGAAGCGCAUCCGCUCCCGGGGCUACAGCAACAUGUUCGAGGAGAUGGUGAGCGGGCCCGCCCUGAAGGGCAAGAAGUCCCCGCUGUCGUCUUUUGUGCUCAGAGCCCCGCCGCGGCUGCAGCCGGUGCUGUACCUCAGCAUCCACAUGACGGCGGCGUGGGUGUCUUUGCUGCCCACAAAGCUGCUCUGGGACCACCCCUGGCUCCACACCAUGGUUCUCCUGGCAAUCCUCCUGGUGGCCACCUGGAACGGGGCCAACUUCUACUUCAAGGUCUUCGCCAAGCGGUACCUGGCCGAUGCCGAGGCCGCGCGCGCCAAGCGCCACCGGGAGUGA